AUGGAUUCAACUACCAAAAGACGGAGCAUAUCAACUGCCAAGAAAACUCACCGAGAAGUCCGGUUUGGAGCCUAUAUACUGGGUUCCACACUCGGAGAAGGAGAGUUUGGAAAAGUUAAACUCGGUUGGAGAAAAGACGGGAAACAACCAUCGCAGGCGGCCAUUAAACUGAUAAGAAGAUCUUCUAUUCCAAAGGGAUCCGAUAGAGAACUUAAGAUUCACAGAGAGAUCAAUGCCCUGAAAAGAUUAGCACAUCCCAAUAUUGUUCGUUUGGAAGAAGUAUUACAGAAUGACAAGUAUAUUGGUAUUGUUUUGGAAUACGCUUCUGGCGGAGAAUUAUUUGACUACAUUCUAGAGAACAGAUAUUUGAAAGACCACAUGGCCUCCAAACUUUUCGCUCAACUAGUCAGCGGCGUAGAUUAUAUGCAUUCAAAGGGAAUCGUACACAGAGAUUUGAAAUUAGAGAACUUGCUGUUGGAUAAACAUAAGAACAUUAUCAUUACCGACUUUGGGUUUGUCAACAGUUUUGCGGUGAGAGGCAGUGAGCUAAUGAAAACAAGUUGCGGAUCGCCUUGUUACGCUGCACCUGAGUUAGUAGUUACAAAUGAACCCUACGAAGCCCGCAAAGUGGAUGUUUGGUCCUGUGGAGUCAUUCUUUACGCCAUGUUAGCUGGUUAUUUGCCUUUUGAUGAUGACCCUCAGAAUCCAGAUGGAGAUAAUAUCGCAAGAUUGUAUUAUUACAUUACACAUUCGCCGUUAACCUUUCCAGAAUACUUGCAACCUGCUCCAAGGGACUUGCUGCGGAAAAUGUUAGUCGCUGAUCCUAAAAGGAGGAUGAAUUUGAAAGCUGUACGCUCUCAUCAGUGGCUGGCUUCACAUGCCCCAUACUUGUCAGUAACUCCUGCCGAAUGGGACCGCAAUUACCGCUCAACAAGACAAAGAACCCCAUCUACCCAGGACAAGAGCAGACGUCUAUCUUUAAUGGAAGGAACAAAUGGAUCGCUGAUGUUAAAUCGUCCAUCAAUACGAUCCUACAGCUCACAGAACAUUUCCACGAUGUUAUAUUCCAAUCCAGCCAUCCCACAAACAUCUUCUUCACAUGCCAUGGGGAUUGCAACGCCAAAUUCAUCUACUUCAAUCAAUGAACUUGCUUCCAGCAAAUCUCCAGGAGCACCUGGAGCUCUCUCUGCCCAUGACGAAGAAGGAAACCAAACGCAUUCUCGUGCUCGAUCUCUAUCAUCUGCAAGUAUUGCAUUACAAGCAGUUGUCAACGCUGAUGUGGCAUCUAAUACGAAAAGACUUCUAUCUGAAGCAACCCGAUCUCCUCCAUUACUUGAAACUGGAGGCAACCACAAUUGUUCUACUAUUGUUGAAAGUCCUAUUAAGCAUGAUAGCACUACCGAAGGUUUGUUACCACCUUCUCAGGUGCUACAGACGCCUCCUACAAGACUGCCUUCUCACCACAAUCGUCCGAGACCAACAUCUUAUCACCCAGGAGGCUCUUCUUCGUAUCAGUUCCAAAGUAGCGAGAGCUCUCUACCGAUAUUCAACUACGCCAACAACAGUUCCAUUAGCAUUCCAAUUAAUAAGCAUCCCGGAACCUCUAGGUCACGAACUGGAUUCAGCACUUUGUCAAAUCAUUCAUCCCCGACGAAGGAAAGUCUUUUAAUGCCCACGGAGCCCUUCGUGGAUAAAUCUCAAGCCAGUGGUGUGCUAGCUCCUCUGGAUAAUGUCUCGAAGACCAAACACCCUGACAUGGGCACAACAUUGGAUAACGCUGCUUUGAUGCUGGAAAAUGGCUCCCCUGUAAGGAAAUCAGUAGUUGCAAAAGAUGCAGCCGAGAAAAAAGAGAAAAGAAAGUCAAUUGCGCUUGAUUCACUAUCUCAAGCAAUGGAUACCCUGAAUAUGAACGAUGGUGCUACAAAGUUAGCAGUCGAUAGUUCUGAGAUCAAACAACCUGAGAUGCGUCAAUACAAACUCCAACAACGUAAGCAUCAAGACAAGGAAAACAAGACUAAACCAGAAAGAAAAAGGUUUAGCCUGUUAAGUUUCUAUACCAGCGGAAGUGCUAGUUCACCAGUGGAUCCUGUGGAGAUUGAAUCUCCAUUAGAGGUCAGGAGACCGUUAGUACCCAGUAACGAGGUAAACGUGUUGAAGAAUACUAACACACGUCUUGCUACAUCUAAGGACAUCCAUAAAGACAACUCAGCGUCGACAGCCAAGAAGGUUAUGGACUUCUUUAAGCGAAGAAGCGUCCGAAUAUAG